AUGCCCAUCCACGCCUCGGCAACAAAUUUCUUCGACCUCCUCCAAAUCCGCGGCAAAUACCAAAACCAACCCCCCCUCCCCUGGAUCUCCGGCUCCGAAUUCGCAGGCACAGUUCUCUCGACCCCUUCCUCCAUCCCCUCUCCCAAAUUCCAAAUCGGCGACCGCGUAUUCGGCGCCGCUCAGGGCGGAUAUGCCACGAAAGUCGCGGCGCGCGAAGACACGCUGAGACCUGUGCCCAAGGGCUGGAGUUUCUUCGAAGCCGCAGGUCUCUUCGUAACGGCGCCGACGAGCUACGGGGCCCUGGUCACGCGCGCGGGCGUCAAGAAGGGCGAUGUCGUGUUAGUGCAUGCAGCGGCUGGGGGCGUGGGGUUGGCAGCUGUGCAGAUCGCCAAAGCGUUUGGUGCGACUGUCAUUGCGACGGCGGGGACGGCGCAUAAGCUGUCGGUGGCGAAGAGCUUUGGUGCGGAUCAUGGCGUGGAUUAUAAUAAUGCGAAUUGGGCGGACGAAGUCAAGAAACUGACGCCUAAGGGGCGGGGUGUGGAUAUUGUGUUUGAUCCGGUGGGGAUGGUUGAUAAGAGCACGAAGUGUAUUCGCUGGAAUGGUAGGAUACUGGUGAUUGGGUUUGCGGCGGGGAAUAUCGAGAAGGUGGCUAUGAAUAAGGUGUUGUUGAAGAAUAUUAGUCUUGUGGGGUUGCAUUGGGGGGCGUAUACUGUGCAUGAGCCGGAGAAGAUUGGGGAGGUUUGGGAGGGGAUUUUCAAGCUGAUUGAGGAGGGCAAGUUUAGGGGGGACUGUGUUUACGGAUAA